AUGGAUCUUCGUAAUCUCUGGGCCAGCCUUUUCGUUCUUGUUGUUAGCUUGUGCUUGGCACAAGCCUUUGCACCACAAGCACAAAGCCGAUCGGAAACUUCUCUUGGUAUUUUUGAUAAGAUUGGCGAAUUCUUUGAGGAGUUGGAUGCCUUUGUUGACGACGCUACCAGUCGAAGACUUGGAGCUGGAGCCUCUUUCUACGGAAAGCGCAAGAGUAACUUCUAUGGAGAAAAUGAUUCUGGCCGAAAGAGAGAUCGUACAGUUGCCGACCCAACCGAGGACUACCGAGGACCCACAUCCACUGGCUUGUUCAAGUGGGUGCAAGAUGAAAAUGGACAGUUGCAACCAGUCUCCAGAAUGAAGGAACGAAAUCUUUCCAAGAAAAUUAACUGGGAAAAGGUCUACUCUGAGGCCGGUGACAAUAACUAG